AGUUUAAUUCCCAGUUCCACAUCAGAUCCCAGUUUAGGGAACAUGGAGGCUGCUGCUGGGUUCCUGACCGCGCCCCCCCCUCUCGGUCACAUCCUCGCCAGCGACAAGUGGAGGAGCUCGGCUCUGGUCCAGAGCCUGAAGGGUGAAGCUCUUAUUCUGUUAACGUCCCGGUUCUGUUCGACCCGGAAGCUGCAGCUCUGUGACUGAAGGUCUCACUUCCGGUGGUGUCUCAGAGUCUCACCUGAGAUGAGGUGGAGGCGUGACGGUCCUGAUGGAGGCGGAGCUUGGCGUGGCAGACUUCCAUCUUCCCAACAGGAGCUGCAUCCUCUACGUGUCCGAGGGCGACGUGGUGGCUGGAAGCAGCUACAAGAGGAAACUGGUCCGGUACCGAAACGCCAGCAGCCGUCUGCAGGAGCUGGUUCUGGUGGAGAACACCCGGCUGAGCGAGCAGUACUUCUCGGCUGUGCAGAGGUUCGUGGUGUUUGACCUCGGCCUGACCUUGCUGCCGGUCAGCGGGCAGGCCGAGGCCUCGCAGCUCAUCGCUCAGAUCGUGCUCGGGGGGGGCAGGGACAACCCCUUCAGGAGGUCCCGGUCGGCCCGGCCGUUGGACCCGGCGGUCCUGGCCGUGGUCCAGCGGGUCCCCGGGGUCGGGCGGGUCAAAGCUCUGGCGCUGCUGCAGCACUUCUCCAGCCUCCAGCAGCUCUGCAACGCCGGCCCGGCCGAGCUGGAGCCCGUCGUGGGCCCGGCCGCCGCUCAGCUGGUCCACAGCUUCUUCCACAGCCCCAGUGCAGCUGGAAGCUGAGGCCGGUCCUCAGGCCCGCGGGUCUGAGUCCCACCAGGAGGUGAAGUCACCUUCUGGGUUCCUGAGAGAGACUUUACUCCUUCCUGUGCAAACUGAACACGUUUAUUCACAGGUCCGAGUGCAAUGGAAAGAUAAACACGUCGGGUUUUGAUCAGAUGAACAGUUUUCACUUGUUUUUUGCGUUCACACUUUUGUAUCCACACUAAAUAAAAAUUGGUUAUUUUUGCAUCA